GAAAAAAAGAAGGGAAAAAAAAAAUUAAAUCACCAUCACAGUUUGCCCCCAACAAACAAAAAUCUGAGGAUUGGAAUAUUCUUCAUCAUUUGAUAUGGUUUUAUGCCAAAUUUCAUCCAGUUGUGUUGUAUAUCAUGAACACAUCAGAAAAACCAAAAACAUCAAACUUUCUUAUUUAAAUCAUAGGCAAAGAUAAGAGAUAUAUUCCUUUGACAAACAAUCAUCUCAUCAUUCCCUUAUUCCCCCUCCUUUCUUCUCACUUUUUUUCUCCUCCAGUCUCAUAAAAACUCCAUCAUGGAGAUUAUUUCUUCAUCCCUUUCACCAUUUGAUUCCCCUGUGAUAUCAUUCACUUUGAUGUUUGGAGCCAUCUAUUUGUUUGGAUACAACUUAAUCUUCAAGAACUGGGGUUCAAGUAAGUAUGAAGCCACUAGUUGUUUCAUCUCUUUGUUCCAUGGAUCACCAGCUGUGAUUUUGUCCAUCUUAGCAUUGAUUCAAUCAUCCCAAGACAACACCAACAAUCACAGUUCACUUUCUAUGCUUUUCCAAGUGGGUAAAGAAAACACAGCUUCACAGGAUUUGGUACUUGAAUUCAGCAUUGGAUACUUCAUCAUUGACCUUUUGCACUACAUCAUCUUCAUCCCAAAAGAUGUUCUGUUUAUAGCCCACCACUUUGCCACUCUGUAUGUUUUAGUGACUUGUAGGUAUGUGGUUCAUCAUGGUGGGGCUGCCCUGCUUGGCUUACUUGUUCUUGCUGAGAUUACUAGUCCUUGUCAGAACACUUGGAGCUUAGCUAGGUACAGGAAAGUGGAUUUGCCUGAAGCUGCUAGGUAUUAUGAGUUCUUGUCACCUUAUUUCUUCACAUUUUACUCAGUGGUUAGAGGGGUACUUGGACCCCUUUAUGUGUUGAAGAUGAUUGGAGCAGUUCUUGGAGCAAGUGGAGGUGCAGCUGCUGCUGCUACUAGUGGUUUGGUUUUCUGGACUUGGAUUUCUUGGUUGACUGUGAUUACAGUUGCCAUUUGGGUGAGCAUAUUGUGGAUUUUGAACCUUUGGAUUGAUUUGUUCAGAAGAAGAGCUAAUUUGAUGAAGAAAGUCAGUUAGUUUUGGUGUUUUCUUCCUCAAAAUUGGAACUCAAGAUGAUGGUUGUCUGGGUUAGUACUGUAGAUAUAUACUGUACAAGCAAAUCAUUCUCAACAUUAAAUAUAGUUUUAUCAUUAAUGGUAGUAUUAUUUACUGGCUACUGCUUAUCUUCUGCUGUAAAACUUUGGAGAAAUUGGAAUGCAAUUUGGGUAAGUUGUAUAUGGAUAUAGAUAACAGAUUCCUGUACAAUUUUUUCUUCUGUACUUCUUUGACUUUCUUUCCCAUUUGUCUUAAAAAUGUUUAGUGGAUGGCUUUGUGCAUAUCUUAUCUUCAUAAUCCACC